AUGGAAAACAAAUCCCUCACCAUAUUUCGCGCAUUAUCGUCACUCCUUCUGACAUACUUGACGACGUGUAUCACCGUGCUCAUCGGUUUUAUCGGUCAUUUCUUCUACUGGCUUGUAUUCGACCUCUGUGGCCUUGAUCAACAGCGAACAGAUAGAAAACUCAAUGUUCCGCCUAAAUCUUCUUCAUCACCGAACGAAUACUACUCGCUCAUUAUUGGAUCAGGCUUUUCCGGUCUCGGUAUGGCGAUCAAAUUGAAACAACUCGGCACAGACAAUUUCACCAUCAUCGAACGCCAUGGACAUGUAGGAGGUACUUGGUAUGCAAACAAGUAUCCAGGCUGCGCAUGUGAUGUGCCCUCCAACCUCUACUCAUUCUCCUUCGAACCCAAUCCAAACUGGUCUUAUUUCUUUAGUCGACAGCCUGAAAUAGGCGAAUACCUCGAACAGUGUGCAAAAAAAUACGAUAUUAGUCGACAUGUGCAGUUCCACACCACAGUGACAGAAAUGCGAUGGUUAGAGGACAGACAGCUGUGGGAAGUGACUGUUCGCUCGAAUGACAAAGAAACGAAGCUGUAUGCAAAAACAGUUUUUGCUGGUUAUGGACCGUUAUCCAUUGCUGCAUUUCCAAAUGAUAUAAAAGGCAUUGACACAUUCGAAGGUGAAAUGUGCCACACGGCCGAAUGGAAUAAAAAUAUCGAACUUAAAAACAAACGCGUAGCUGUAGUUGGUACAGGUGCAAGCGCUAUUCAAGUGGUACCCGAAAUUCACAAAGCCGGAGUGGAAAAGUUAUAUGUGUUCCAGCGUACACCAGCUUGGGUCAUUCCUCGUGCUGAUCGAAAAGUAUCUGACUUUGAAAAACGAUUAUUCGCGAGAUUUCCAAUCAUUCAAAAGUUUGUCCGUGCAUUAAUCUAUUGGAUUCGUGAAUCGACUGCCUUGUCGUUUGCUUACCGUCUUCCCACACGAUUUUUAUAUCAAACUGUCGUCAAUAUUCAUCUUAAACGACAAAUUAAAGAUGAAGUAUUGAGAAAAAAACUGACACCAUCAUUUGAUUUAGGCUGUAAGCGAGUUUUAAUUACCAACGAUUGGUAUCCAACAUUACAACAACCGAAUGUCCAACUUAUCACCAAUCGUAUUCAAGAAGUGAAGCCCCACUCUAUUGUCACUCGUGAUGGCGACGAGUAUCCAGUCGACGUCAUUAUCUGGUCAACAGGAUUUCAAGUUCAAAACUUUCCAUUGCCGAUCUAUGGAGUCAAAGGUCGAUCGCUCGCAGAACAAUGGUCACAAACGAUGCAAGCAUACCGAGGUGUCACAGUACCCAACUUUCCCAAUCUCUUCUUUCUUCUCGGCCCUAAUACUGGUCUCGGUCAUAAUUCAGUAGUCGUUAUGAUCGAAGCGCAAAUUCAAUAUAUUGCCGAAGCACUGUUAUAUAUGGCUGAAAACAAAAAGCAAACAUUAGAAGUGAAACAGAAAGUCCAUGAUGACUUCAAUCGAAAACUACAAUUAAAAUUGAAGAAUACAGUAUGGCAAAGUGGUGGAUGUCACUCGUGGUAUCAAGAUGCGAAGGGUAACAACACGACGAUCUGGCCAGAUUUCACGUGGAUGUACAUUUUGCUGAUGAAGAAAUUCGAUUCUGUGAACUAUGUGUACUAG